AUGAGCAACAGCGGGACUGAGUCAUUCGACAACACUGAAGACAUCACUGAAGAAUUGUUCGAUCAUGUCUUUAGCUUGAAUGCACGUGCGCAAUUCUUCAUUGGCCAGGCAGCAUGGAAGCAUCUCGAAGACAACGGUCGUCUGGUACUCAUGAGCUCGAUAUCAGCUGGCAAAGUCGGGAUCAAGAGACAUGCGCUGUACAGUUCAUCAAAGAUGGCGGUCAUCGGCAUGGUAAAGUCAUUUGCCACUGACUUUGGUGCGCGUCGCAUCACGGUGAAUGGUAUUGCACCGGGUGGAGUUUUGUCAGACAUGUUCUACCAGAACUGUUGGAAUUACAUCCCAGAUUGGCCUGCUAAAAAGCUUGAAGAGCUCACCGCAAAGGCAUGUCCACUGGGUCGAUGCGCUGUGCCAGAGGAUAUAGCACGCGUAGUUGCUUUCCUUGCAUCCGAUGACGGCGGAUGGGUAAACGGUGCGUCAGAUCAAUGUAUGCGCAAGCCGCCAUUUUGCUAA